AUGAACGCACUGCUGGGCGAACUGCAUAUGGUCAAGGUCCUGCAUCAGCAGUCGGGCGUGUGCCUCUUCACUCAUCAGUGGAAGUGGAAACCGCAAGCGCAUGCAGAAGGCGUCGAUGCGCUCGUCAUGUCCUUUACGCAGUUCGCGCGCGAGAUCGACGGUGGAGAGGUCGUUCAAGUGCACUUUGACCCGAGCCAAGCGGAUAGCAGCAAAGACCGACCGAGCAGCAGUUUUGUGCCUACCUCGUCCGGCGGUCUCGUCAUGCUUUCGCUCCAGAACGAGACGAUUCAAGCCGUACUGUUCCACGAACGGACUUGUGAGGCGGCAAGCACAGCGCUCAAAGCGUUUUUGCAGCGGAUUUUGCAACGGUUUGGUGAAGUGUUCAAGCAAGAGCUGGACCAAUUGCAGCCGCAGUUACAAGCGAGUGCGACGCCCACGCCGGAAGAGCGCGAAGCCGUUGAAGCUCCGUUUCGGAGAUACGAAGCGGAGCUCGAUAGCCAACUGCUGCUGCAGGCGAAUGGUGGGUGA